CUCUGCGAAGCUCUUGUGUGCUUCUCUCUCUUUGCCGCAUUACCACGUUCACGUCCACGGCGCUCUGCUGUGGCAGGGGGUCCCGGGUCCUCGGUGCCAGGGGACCCAACAGCUGGAUCCCGGGGGGUUUCCGCUGUGUUCAUACACUACACUUGUCACAAUUGCUCUUCACUCAGAUGUUUCCCCAAAAUCCAUGCUAAGCCUAAGGCCACACCUUCGCCUUCUCCCCCCGCUUCUGUCACUUCGCUCGCGUGUGAGCCUCGGAAUAAAGUGCUCCCUCCCUUCCCGUGUGGAGUGGAUCCUGUCCCGGAGGCGUCCGCCGCCGCCGCUGCUGCUGCACCGAUCGCAGGGGAGCACCGCGGAACCGCCACUUAGCGCCGUCCCGCUUCCCCAGAUUUUCUUCUCCUUGUGGAAGGUGAAGUGGACUUAGUGCACUGUACUGACAGGGACCAUGUCAGCAUUUUGUUUUUCUCUGGACCUCAUCACCCCAACCAAAGGUCGUCCCAUGGGGUCAUCGUGGCGCCUCUCCCUAAUGAUCCUUUCUGCUGUGUGUUUCCACGUCCGCAGCCUGGAUAUCCCAUUGGAGGUUGAACAGCUGCCCACUAUAACCCAGCAGGCCCCUAGGUUGCUCAUCGCCUUCCCCUUUGACGAAAGCUACACCUUCGAGUGCAAAGCAAGAGGCAAUCCUGAGCCCGAAUACCACUGGACAAAAAACGGCUUCAGGUUCGACCCACGCCAGGACCCCAGGCUGAUAAUGGAGGAUGAUGCCGGCAGCUUUACCAUCCCCAGCGGCAAGAACAUCACGCAAUACGGCGGACGUUAUCGCUGCUACGCCUCAAACAGACUGGGGACGGCCGUGUCCGAGGAGACCCAGUUCAUUGUGUCGAAUUCUCCAAAGUUCCCCAAGGAGAAGAUCGAUCCCAUUGUGGUGGAAGACGGCCAGUCUGUCGUCCUGGAGUGCAACCCUCCAUCAGGAAUACCCCCCCGCACGAUUUACUGGAUGACCAUAGGCCUGAAGCAAAUUGAGCAGAACCAACGAGUGUCCACAGGUCUUGAUGGGAACCUCUACUUCUCCAACACCCUGGAGGAGGACAGCCGUGAAGACUAUUGCUGCUUCGCUUCUUUCCCCAGCAUACCCACCAUUGUCCAGAAGACUCCCAUGGCCAUGCUGGUCAGGAGCCGGAGUGAUGAUAAUUCAACCGUUCAGAGGAAACCCAGUCUUAUGGCUCCCUCUGGAGUCCAGACACAAGUACGGCUGGUGAAAGGGGAAGAUCUGCAGCUGGAAUGCAUGGCAGAAGGAUUCCCAACUCCAGUAGUCACCUGGACUAAGUCAGGAGAGAACCUGCCCAACCACAGCAGCAUCGAGAACUUCAGGAAGCGCCUGGUGAUACCCAAGAUUAACAAGGAUAAUGAAGGGAUUUACGUGUGCAAAGCUGAAAACUCGGCAGGAGAGACCACUCAUGAGUUCCAUGUGACCGUGGAGGAACCACCCCACUGGCUGGUGAAGCCGGAGAGCCAGCUGAAGAGCAGCGGCUCUGAUGUUCACCUCCAGUGCUCCGCUGCAGGAAAUCCCCAGCCGGAAAUCACCUGGAUGAUGAACGGACACCUUCUUAAAGAUGCCCCGGAAUUUGGAGGACAGCUGCUCGGUGACACCGUUGUCCUGCACAAUGUCAAACCGGCUGACAGCGCCGUGUAUCAGUGCCAAGCUUCCAACAGGCACGGGACACUUCUAGUCAAUGUUAACGUCAUGGUCCUAGAUCUUGGCCCCUUGAUUCUGACCGAGGACAGAAAGAAAUAUGAGGCUGUUGUGGGGACGACUGUACUUUUGCACUGCAAGGUCUUCAGUUCUCCUCCCUCGGUCACCACCUGGGCCAAAGGAGACACGGUGGAUUCUGUAGCAGGUGAGAACUUCUAUAUCCAGGAGGAUGGAUCACUCAAGAUCCAUAACGUGCAGAAGGAAGAUGCUGGAGAAUACACCUGCUUCAGCAUAAACUCUCAGGGGAAUGCAACUAUUUUGGCCAGCCUAGACAUAAAGGAGGCAACCCAAAUUGUGGAACAUCCACAAAAUCUCCACGUUGUCAGUGGAAACACAGCGCAGUUCACCUGUCGAGCAUCAUAUGAUGAAUCUCUUACUCGGAGCUUUGAGGUGCACUGGGAGAAGGACAAUGUGGAGAUAUCACUCAACCAAACUGAGUUUCCUAGAUAUUUUGUGGAAGAAAACGUCCUGCAUAUUACCAACGUCAGCCACAGUGACCAGGGCACAUACCAGUGUGUCGUCAGGACCAGCCUGGACCAGGACUUGGCUUCUGCCCUCCUCAUCGUGCAAGGUGUUCCUGAUGCACCAGAACACCUUGAGCUCUACGAACCUGACAACCGCAGGGUGAAGCUGAAGUGGGUGCCUGGGGAUGAUCACAACAGCACCACAACCGAAUUCAUUGUGGAGUAUGAGGAAAGCAGGUGGGAGCCAGGGAGGUGGCGGGAACUGCAGAGGGUGUCCGGGAACCAAACCUGGGCCCAACUGGACCUCAACGGACACUUAGAUUACCAAUUCCGCGUGUCUGCGCUCAGCGCCAUUGGGAGAGGCCCACCCAGUCGGCCCACAGAAAGAUAUAAAACCCCUGCUACAGCUCCAGACAGCAGCCCCAGUAAUAUUAAAAGUGAAGGCAAUUUGCCUCAUGAAAUGAUUAUUCACUGGGAGCCCCUCUUACCAGUGGAGCACAAUGGGCCAGGCUUAGAGUACAAAGUGAGCUACAGGCAACAGGGUGUGGAGGAAGACUGGCAGGAGCACAUGGUGAAAAGACAUUCCCUCGUGGUCAAGAACACUCCCCCCUACGUUCCAUACGAUGUCAAGGUGCAGGCAGCCAAUGAUCUGGGAUGGGCUCCAGAACCCAAAGUCUACACUGUGUACUCAGGAGAGGACUUACCUGACAUGGCUCCAAGUGACGUGGCCGUGACUGUGCUGAACAGUAGCCGGAUCCACGUCAGCUGGACACCUGUUCCUGUAAACCAUGUGUGGGGGCUCCUUGGAGGCUACAAGGUUCAGUUAUGGAGGCUGCGGGACCUCCUGAACAUUGAGAAGGGUCCAAAGGAGAAGGAGACCAUGGUGAUUUCUGGAAACCUGAGCUACACAACAGUGCAGGGCCUCAUCCCGUUCUCCGAGUACAGCCUGAUGGUGGGUGCUUUCAAUGGACGUGGCAUGGGACCCAGCAGCCACCCUGUCACCUUCAAGACCCCAGAAGGAGUUCCUGAGAAAAUAUCUAUACUGAAAGCGACAAAUGCCCAGAAAGAUGCCAUCACGCUGGUGUGGUCACCUCCACUGAAGGCCCACGGUGUUCUCACAGGCUACCUCCUACAGUACCAGAUGGUGAACGACACAGCAGAUUUUGAGAGCCUGCACAAUGUUACCAUCCGUGGACCGGACAGCACCCAGUGGGUUCUUAAGGACCUGGAGACGGUCACCCGGUACAGGUUCUACGUGAGCGCCUGCACCCGGGUGGGAUGUGGGCCGCCGGUCAGCGAGGAGAGCCAAACCACACCUACAGGUCUGGCCGUCAAAUCGGAAUCGUCAGACCCCUGGUUCAUCGGGUCCAUGUGCGCAGCGGUCGCCCUCACUCUCGUCGUCCUCAUUGCCUGCUUCGUCAGGAGGAACAUAGGCGGCAAAUAUUCAGUUAAAGAGAAGGAGGAUGCCCGUUCAGACGUUCAGUCCCAGGGCGCGACUAACAACGCCUCGUCUGAAUACAGCAGCGACAACGAGAAGAAGCCCCUAAAGGCCAGCCUGUGCUCCCUCAAGUUGGACAGCGAAGAGAACAGCUGCGGGGUCAGCAUGACGGACAGCGAGGAUGAAGAUGACCGCUUCGGUGAAGAUGGGUCAUUCAUCGGCGAGUAUGCUGGCCACAAAAGGCCUGGGUCCACCGAGGCCAACGGAGCGGCCCUGGUGACAGCAUAGCAACAGGGUCAUCUACUGGAGAGUGCAGCGCUAGCAUUUGCAAGAGAGACGGGCAUGGAUUUUUGGACAGUUAUAUUACGUGAAGUGAAAUUCAUAUGAAAAUGAAUGAGUGCCUGUAGGCUGCACUGUUGCCUCUGUCCUGUAUAGCUUUGUGUCUGCGAGUCAGGUCCUUCAUCCCUUCCUGACAUGUCCACCUCUGUGUUUUUGGAGAUCUCUGUUGAAUAUCCCCGAAAGUUUAGAACAAAAAACUUUUUUUUGAACAAGGGGACAUUUACAUCAGGUGCAACACAGCAUCCAUUAAGCUUUGUUUCAACUCUAGUAAAAACAAUAUUAUUUAAGUGUGGGUUUAUGUUGUGGAAUACCAAAUCGUUCUAACUAUACCCGUUACUGUUCUUGCAACAAAAGGGAUUACCCCUCUAGGAUGUAUUAUUGAAAGGCAUCAAUAUCACAGUGGGAGAAAAAGGACAAUGAACAGUGUUCAGUUUAUAGUUUAGUGCCAGCAUAAUUUGAUGUGAUUAUCACAGUAGACCUGACAAAGCUAUUUUUUUUUCUAAUAAUUAGGCAGGAUUCAUAUUUCAACAGUGAUAACUCAGGAAACAAGAUUUUUUAAGCACUCCAAUCUUUAGGGGAAAUAAUAGGUUCCAUGUUAUCAUUUGACUUUUUGGUAAGUGUAUGUGAAACUCUUAUUGAAAGAAGAAAGAAAAUAAGUGCAUAUCUUAAUGCAAAUAAAAUUGUUUCUGUUGA